AUUUUAAGAUAGAAACAUUAAUCUUGUCAAAAUUCUUAAAAUCAUUUUGUGGUUCCUUGUUUUGCUUUGCAGAUUUCAGAAAUGGAGGUUGGCUUAGCAGUUGGUGGUGCAUUUCUCUCUUCAGCUUUGAAUGUUCUCUUUGAUAGGCUUGCUCCUCAGGGUGAGCUGCUCAAGAUGUUUCAGAAGAAUAAGGAUGGUGUUCAGCUCUUAGAGAAGCUGAGGAUGAUUUUGCCUGGCCUUCAAGUUGUUCUAAGUGAUGCAGAGAAUAAGCAAGCAUCAGAUCCAUGUGUGAGCCAGUGGCUUAACGAGCUUCGAGAUGCUGUGGAUGGUGCUGAAAACUUAAUAGAAGAAGUCAAUUAUGAAGCUUUGAGGCUUAAGGUGGAAGGUCAGCAUCAAAAUAUUGCUGAAGGAAUAAGCUACUUGCAGGUAUUUGGCCUUCACUUGGGCCUACGUGAUGAAUUUUUUCCUAACAUAAGGAAGAAGUUGGAAGACACCAUUGAAGCAUUGGAGGUUUUGGAAAAGCAAAUUGGUCGCCUUGGCUUGAAGGAACAUUUUGUUUCGACUAAACAAGAAACUAGGACACCUUCAACUUCUUUGGUUGAUGAAUCUGAUAUCUUUGGUAGGCAGAAUGAAAUAGAGGAAUUGGUUGGCCGUUUACUGUCUGAAGAUGCAAAUGGAAAAAAUCUGACUGUAGUCCCCAUUGUUGGCAUGGGGGGCGUUGGCAAGACAACACUUGCUAAAGCUGUUUACAAUGAUGAAAAGAUGAGAGAACGUUUUGACCUAAAAGCUUGGAUCUGUGUGUCUGAAAUAUAUGAUGCUUUAAGAAUAACAAUAGGGUUACUUCAAGAAAUUGGCUCAUUUGACUUAAAGGAUGAUAACAAUCUUGAUAAGCUACAGGUCAAAUUGAAGAAAAAGCUAACGGGAGAAAGAUUUCUAGUUGUCCUUGAUGAUGUGUGGAAGGAUAACUAUAAUGAGUGGGAUGAGUUGAGAAAGAUUUUUGUACAAGGAAAAAUAGGAAGUAAGAUAAUUGUAACGACACGUAAGAGAGGUGUUGCCUUGAUGAUGGGUCGUGGGGAAAUCAACGUGGAGACUUUGUCUAGUGAAGUCUCUUGGUCUUUAUUCAAAAGACAUGCAUUUCAAAACAUAGAUCCUAAGGAGCAUCCAGAACUUGAAGAGGUAGGGAAACAAAUUGCAGCUAAGUGCAAUGGAUUGCCCUUAGCUCUAAAGACACUCGCUGGCAUGUUACGCUCCAAAUCAGAGGUUAAAAGGUGGGAGAGUAUUUUGAAAAGUCCAAUAUGGGAGCUUCCAAACAAUGACAUAUUAGCAGCGUUGAAGUUGAGCUACAAUGAUCUUCCCGCACAUUUGAAGCGAUGCUUUUCCUAUUGUGCUAUAUUUCCCAAAGAUUAUCCAUUUUGCAGAGAGCAAGUCAUUCAACUAUGGAUUGCCAAUGGUCUCGUACAGCGGUCGCAAGAAUAUGUACAAAUUGAAGAUUUAGGCAAUGAAUAUUUUGACGAGUUGCAAUCAAGAUCAUUGUUCGAAAUGGUCCCAAAUUCUUCUCAAGGGAACACAGAGAAAUUCUUAAUGCAUGACCUUGUCAAUGAUUUAGCCCAAAUUGCAUCUUCAAAACUUUGUAUCAGGUUGGAAGAGAGCCAAGGAUCUCAUACAAUGGAAAAAAGUCGACACCUAUCAUAUUCAAUGGGAGAUGGUGACUUUGAGAAAUUGAAACCCCUCUACAAAUUGGAGCAGCUGAGGACAUUGCUUCCGAUCAGUUUCGAUCUCUAUAGAUCAUUUUUGCUAAGCAAGAGGGUGCUGCAUAACAUAUUGCCAAGACUAAGAUCCUUAAGGGCACUAUCACUGUCUCAUUAUAAGAUUAAGGAGUUGCCGAGUGUCUUGUUUAUCAAAUUAAAGCUCCUAAGAUUUUUGGACCUUUCUUGGACAUGGAUAACAAAGUUGCCAGAUUCCAUUUGUGCACUGUAUAACUUAGAGACACUUCUCCUGUCAAAUUGUAGUUUUCUUGAGGAGUUACCACUGCAGAUGGAAAAGCUAAUCAACUUGCGUCAUCUUGACAUUAGCUAUACUUCUAGUUUGAAGAUGUCGCUACAUCCAAGCAAGUUGAAAAACCUCCAUAUGCUAGUGGGAGCUAAAUUUCUUCUAGAUGGCCGCAGUGAUUCGAGAAUAGGAAAUUUGGGUGAACUACAUAACUUGUAUGGAUCUCUAUCAAUUCUAGAGUUGCAAAAUGUGGUUGAUAGAAGGGAAGCUCUGAAGGCAAACAUGAGGGAAAAGGAACAUGUUGAGAUGUUAUCGUUGGAGUGGAGUGAAAGUAUUGCUGACAAUUCACAAACUGAAAGAGACAUACUUGAGGAGCUACAUCCACACACAAACAUAGGAGAACUCCAAAUCACUGGAUAUAGAGGGACAAACUUUCCAAACUGGCUUGCUGAUCAUUCGUUUCUUAAGCUGUUGAAAUUGUCUCUUAGCAACUGCAAGGACUGUUAUUCCUUGCCAUCACUAGGACAACUUCCUUCAUUGAAAUUCCUCACCAUUAGAGGGAUGGAUCGAAUAACAGAGGUGACUGAAGAAUUCUAUGGCAGUUCGUCCUCCAAAAAGCCUUUUAACUCUCUUGAGAAGCUUGAAUUUGAAAAGAUGCCGGAGUGGAAGCAGUGGCAUGUACUGGGGAAGGGAGAGUUCCCUGCACUUCAGGAACUUUCAAUUGAAGAUUGCCCCAAGUUGAUUGGGAAGUUGCCUGAAAAUCUUUGUUCUCUAACAAGAUUGACAAUUUCAAAAUGUCCUGAACUCAAUUUGGAGACACCUAUCCAACUUUCAAAUUUGAAAGAGUUUAGAGUUGUUGGUUCUCCUAAGGUUGGAGUUCUUUUUGAUGACGCUGAACUGUUUACAUCCCAACUUCAGGGAAUGAAGCAGAUUGUUGAAUUAUAUAUUCGUGAUUGUCAGUCUCUUACCUCCUUACCUAUUAGCAUUCUGUCGAAUACCUUGAAGACAAUAGAUAUACGGCGUUGUGGGAAACUGAAAUUGGAGGCGUCAGUUGGUGAGAUGUUUCUGGAGAGAUUGUUUCUAGAUGGAUGUGAUUCUAUAGAUGAUAUAUCACGUGAGUUGGUCCCAAGAGCACGUGAUUUGUGGGUAGAGAAUUGCCACAGCCUUAAAAGGCUUUUGAUUCCUACUGGGACUGAAACUCUCAAUAUUAGGGAUUGUGAGAAUAUUGAAAGACUUACGGUGACAUGUGGGACCCAGAUGACGUCAUUGCAUAUUGACAAAUGCGAGAAGCUGAAGUGGCUGCCAGAACGUAUGCAGGAACUCCUUCCAUCUCUUAAGAAACUGCAACUGAGGAAUUGUCCAGAAAUAGAGUCCUUUCCUGAAGGAGGAUUGCCCUUCAAUUUAGAAGUCCUUUGGAUCUAUGAUUGCAAGAAACUGGUGAAUGGCCGAAAGGAGUGGCGUUUACAGAGACUCCCCUGUCUCAGAGAGUUAUCGAUCAGCCAUGAUGGCAGCGAUGAAGAGAUUCUUGUUGAUGAGAAUUGGGAGUUGCCUUGCUCUAUUCGAAGACUUAAAAUAUCCAAUCUGAAAACAUUAAGCAGCCAAGUUCUCAAAAGCCUCACCUCUCUUGAAUAUCUAUAUACUGGUAAUUUACCUCAAAUUCAGUCACUGCUGGAAGAAGGGCUUCCCUCAUCUCUUUCUGAGCUAAUAUUAUAUGGCCAUCAUGAGCUCCAUUCACUACCGACCGAAGGUCUUCGGCGCCUCACUUCUCUUCAACGUCUAGAGAUCUGGAAUUGCCCUAAUCUCCAAUCUAUUCCAGAAUCAGCGCUGCCCUCUUCCCUCUCUGAGCUGACCAUGGAUUGCCCUAAUCUCCAAUCUAUUCCAGAAUCAGCGCUGCCCUCCUCCCUCUCUAAGCUGACCAUCAAGAAUUGCCCUAAUCUCCAAUCCCUUCCAGUAAAAGGGAUGCCCUCUUCCCUCUCUAAACUAUCUAUUUACAACUGCCCAUUGCUCAAACCACUCCUAGAAUUUGAGAAGGGAGAAUACUGGCGAAAUAUUGCUCAAAUUCCCACCAUAGAAGUCGAUGAGGAAUACCAGUAAUGAUUACAACGAAUGGCGCUCUGACAGAUGAGUUGUUCAAUCUCUGAGCUGCAUAUAUAUCAUUGUCGUAAUCUCCAACCCCUUCCAGUAAAAGGGAUGCCCUCUUCCAUCUCUAGACUAUCUAUUUACAACUGUCCAUUACUGACCAAAAACUGCUCAUAUUUCCUACAUCGAGAUUGAUCGGGAAUAACUGUAAUGAUUCAAGCGAGUGGUGUUCUGAUAAAUCAUGUAAGGAAGAAAUCCGAGUGAAUGGAAAGGACAAAUAAAGGAGAAAUUCCACUCCCACCUUAUAGAGACGGGAUAUAAUUGUAAUUGUGAGGACAGGCAGCAAGUGCUGCGGGCGGAGCAGGAGGCGCUCAUUGUUCAUGGAGCACUAGGUCUCCUGGCAGACUUUAAAGAAGGGAUGGAAUCUUUCUUUCUGAUCAUAAGCUGUGAACUCAUGGUCAAAUGGCUUCCGAGGUGGGCUUUCCCUUCUCUAUGGUAGUACUGCAUCUAUUGCCACUAUGAAGCCGAGGAAGCAUCUUCAGAUCAGGAUGAAAGAUGACAAAAAAGGUAAUAUGUUGCAACUACAGAAAGUUUUAUACAUUGUGAGAAAAAAAGACCUAGUUUGCGUUGGAAUUGGGAGUAAUAAUUUUAUCUAGCAAGUUCAUAGCAAAACGUAAUCUUAUACUGCUGCAAAUACGCCUGCCUAGUUCAUGCA